AUGUCCAAGAACGACACUAAAGAGCAGAAGCAUGUGUCUGAUCUUUCCUCGAAGUACGAAGAAUCUCUACACCCAAAAGAAAAGCGUAAUUCCAAUGAUAGCAAUAAAGAGACCUCAAAUUCUAAUGACGAUAAAGAUGCAUCAAAUGGGACAAAUAUAAAGAAAAAUAAUGGAGAUGAUGAUAAGGAACAACCAUCAACAGAAAUGCUUUCAAUUUCAGAAAUAACUGAUGGGAUAACUGAGAAGCUCAACAGUGUAUUAAUGGAAAUGAAUAAGUCAGACAAAGAAAUGGAGAAGGUUCUUGUUGGAAUUGAUAGUCGAUUGGAUGAGCUUGGAAAUGCUUUUAAAUAA